UUCAGACGCUGUAACGUUCAAAGAAGUCAUCAGGCUUUUCGAGUAAAACAAUGAGGGGAGAAUAUAGGCUCAUUGCUGCAGCGACAAAACAAGCACACGAGCGAAUUAGAACUUAUGUAAGGAAGACCCUUUUGGACCAUUGUCCAUGGCUAUCUUCAGGUGAUUGCUCCGUGUACAUAAAACGUGAAGACGAACAAUUUACCAAUUCCUUCAAGCUCAGGGGUGCAGUAAACAAAAUAUUAAAAUUGUGCCAAAUUAGUGAUGUGAAACCAGAAAUUGUAACAGCUUCUACUGGAAAUCACGGACUUGCUUGUGCUAAAAUUGUCAGUGAAACAAAUGUAGAUUGCACCAUUGUUGUUAAUGAAAAUGUAAGCUCUUCAAAGAUAAAAGGUAUUAAAAGGACAGCUGUAAGUAUACUGUUUCAUGGAACUGAUGGCAUUGAGGCUGAAAUAUUUGCAAAAAAGUAUGCCAAGGAUAUAGGAGCAAUUUAUGUUUCUCCUUACGACGACUUGGAUGUUGUCGCUGGCCAGGGGACUGUUGGGCUUGAAAUUUUGGAAGACCUUCCAUCAGUUGAUGCAGUGUUUGUCUCUGUUGGAGGUGGCGGCUUAAUCUCUGGAAUAGCAACAUAUAUGAAAAACAAAAACCCUGAUAUAAAGAUUAUUGGAUGCCAACCAGAAAACUCCAAAGUAAUGUAUGAAUCAGUCAAGCAUGGAUCAAUACUAGACAUUGAAUCUUUGGAAACUCUAUCUGAUGGAACAGCUGGUGGUUUAGAACCAGGCGUGAUAACAUUUGAAAUGUGCCAGGAUCUAGUAGACGAAUGGGUUUUAGUCUCUGAAGAUGAAAUCUCAUAUGCCGUUUACAAAAUGCUGCAAGAGCACAGUAAGGUUGUCGAAGGAGCAGCUGGUGUUGCCAUUGCAUCUUUUUUGAAAACCAAGAAUCAAUAUGCAGGGAAAAAUGUUGUUAUUGUUAGUUGUGGAGGCAACAUAUCUGUAGAAAAGUCAAAAUACAUAAUCGAUAAACAUCAAGGGGAGUGAGUACUCAUCCUUGAGGUAGUGCGUGAACUUAAAAGUGUUCACAGUUUUCGCAAGGCUGGAGUUUUAGCUAAACUAUUAUUCUUCAUAAGUACGAUACUAAAAAAUAAGUAUUAGAGGAAAGAUUUGCUAAAAGUUUCAGAAGGGUUAAAAAGAUGCUUUUGAAGCAGAAUUUUUAUAUCUUUAUAUCUGACUUUUUAAAUCUCAUUUUGUACAUUAUUAUGAUGAAUUAACAACAUGGGCUUGUGUCAGUCUGUUUGAACAUAUUUUUGCAUUUAUGUAGUAGCUAGAAAAGUGGUUCAUAAGAUAAAUAAAAGUUUUCUCAUCCUUUCCACAAAUGAACUACUUGCUUCCGCCACUAUUCUUACUUCCGCUGCUAUCUUACUUCCGCCGCUAUCUUACUUCCGCCGCUAUAAGUAUCUAAUUUUUCGCUUGUCAUUCGUGAUUACACUUAGCUGUGCUCUUGUUUCUCUUUCGAUUCUCAACACAAUUCUCCUAUCAACUUUUGCUUCAAGGAAAACGUUCAGCCAAAGCAUUUCAGGGCUGAUAUUCGGUAUACUCCUUUACACCUGAGUGCCCUUUCACCACUGCAUCCAGGGAUAAUGCCAGCAAAGAUGUAUCAAUGCAUUGUAGCGCUGUAUAUAACACAAGUGAAUUCCAACUGAAUAAUUGUAUGUUUGUACGAUUUUAUUGACAACGUGUAGCUUUAGAGGUAUAUACAAUUCCUUACACAAAAAAUCAUACAUUUCUGUCGAAGUAUCGCGCGUGGAGCAGUUGUAUCGCGGGUGGAGCAGAUAUAUCGCGCGUGGAGCAGAUAUCUCGCGCUUGGAGCAGAUAUAUCGCGCGUGGAGCAGAUAUAUCGCGCGUGGAGCAGAUAUAUCGCGCGUGGAGCAGAUAUAUCGCGCGUGGAGCAGAUAUAUCGCGCGUGGAGCAGAUAUAUCGCGCGUGGAGCAAAUAUGGAUAAACUAUCAAAUGUGUUGUAAGGGUGUGGCAUUAAGACGGGUUGAAAUAAAGUUUAUGAAAUGGAAUUUAGUGUGGGAUAACCAAUCUCCAAGAUUAUUGUGCCUUAUUGUAAGGCUAGAAUGUAGGUUUGAGACCCUUAGUUUGUUUUCUGCCAUUAUGUAGGGCUAGAAUGUAGAUUUUUUUGUGUCUUUUACAUGUGGAGCACUUUUUUUUACGAUAGACCUAAUAUAAUGAUCAAGGUAUCAUAAAAGUUUUUCCGUAGGCUAACCUCCACAACCUGAUAAUGGCAGAAAACAAUGGAAGAAAGAAGUCGAAAGCAAUAAUGUGACUUCUUCGAAUGAAAAAACAAUAGAAUGUCUCAUUCUUUAACAAAAAUAAAGCUUCAAACCCUCUAUAUAUUUUACAUUUAUCUUUUGGCUUUUCAACUUUUGGCAAAGCAAAAAUUCCUUUUGCAGGGCAAAUAUGCAGCCAUUUCUCAACAAAAAGUAUGAAGUGCCCCCCUGAAUCAUGGUCAUUCAGUUUCAAGUUUAAUUUUUCGUUCAUAUGUUGGAAUAGGCGGAGCUUUUGUAAUCGUGUGAAAUAACAAUCGUCUAAAUAGCGAUGUAGAACAUUUGCUAAACUUUGUAUAAAUUUUUCAACAUGGUAGUUUUCUGUAAAAACGUCUGUAGUCGAUUGCAAAUUAUUCUCCUAAAACCAAGUAACUCCUUGAGCGUAAGGCAUGUUUGCUUGCUGCAUAAUACACUGCUUUUUGCUUGCAGCAGGCUUUCUUGAAGUAGAGGCAAGAUGGUAAUUCCUCAUUUUCUGUGCCCAGAGAGUUUGAAUGUCAGUUUGAAUGGGCUUUGAUUAAAAACAGUUCGCUUGGUAGCAACAGUCAGAACUGCUUGCUUGGUCCUGAACACAUGGUCUGUGACUUCUUUGAAUUGUCUAACAAAAACAAAUCGUAGGCUCCUGAAUGUUUUUAUAAAUAGCUUGUAUCUGAUCAGCUCUCAUAACCAUGAUCAACCGAAAUUACUUUCUUAAUCUUUCACAAUGAUGAGAUUGUCGGUAGUUCAUGAAACGGACUAGCUAUACAUUGCGUGAUUGCCAAUUAAAUCAAUAAAUAAUUGACAUUAGUUGGUAAUAUUUUGAUUUUUGGUCAUCUGUCAUGACAAUAAUCUUGCUAAGCUUUGUGCUUCAUCUCUUUUGGUCCCAAAUCUACCAUUCUACCGAAGUUUCGUAAGUGCCAAGGAUAGAUAGCUCAUUUAUCGGCUAAGAGGAAUCUCUAUAGAUCUGUCGCCUCCUUUCUUUUGCAGCAAAUGAAAACAUUAUGUUUAAAAAACUUGAACAAGAAAUAUACCAAUGGGUUUGUUAUGGAGUUCAGGAGGAAAAGGUAAUAUGUUGCGACCCAGGGGCUAGUCCUGCUUAUCUUCCUAUUGUAGAUAACGAGAACGCUUAGCAAUGGAAAGUGACACACAACAAAAAGUAUAAAAAGAACUACAGAGUAGGAAGUAAUUUCUGAGGAUGCAGAUGAAGCGGCAUUGGACGCACCAACAACGGGACGAUUUCGCACACGGUGUACAAUGAAAGCGUACGUAAAGCCGAUAAUAACUGCACAUGCAAGUGUUGAAAUAUAUAUUGCGUACAAAUGUUUUUCAAGUAGA